UCAAUCUUUGAGCGCAUUGGGGGAGAAAAAGGAUUUCGAGGAUUGUCAGAAAUGUUUUACAAUUUCGUUUUUGAUGAUCGAGAGGCAACUUGGUUUCUAAAUAUUUUUUCAAGCAGCACACGCGCGGAAGCCAUUGAAAACCAGUACUUAUUUUUUGUCCAAACAUUCGGUGGUCCUGAUUUGUACAAACAAAAGAAAGGCAAAUACACUCGUCUCGUUGGCCGACACGCAAACUACAAUAUUGGGCCGCAAGCUGCUGAUCGGUGGGUAUAUCAUAUGAAACGGGCAUUGGACCAGAAUGAGCACCUAUCAAGUGAUGCCGAGACCAGAGAAAAGCUUCACAACUACUUUCUUUACAUGGCGCAUUAUAUUGUUAUUGCAGGCGAG